AUGAGCGCUCAACCCGCCGCCGCUGCUCCGACUUCUGCUCCUGCUCCAUCAUCAACCUCAACCUCAACCUCUUCUACCAAACCUCCCGUAACACUAGACCCAACCACCCAUCUUGAUCCAGGCGCGUACGUCCGCGGCACACACGGGGUCACCAUUGGCGAACACACUCUCAUCCACCCUUGUGUCCAGCUAGUGGCUGUCCGUGGGCCACUGUCCAUCAGCGACAGAUGCAUCAUUGCCGAAAAGUCCAUCAUCGGUGGUCCAAUUGUACAAACGUCGACGACAUCAACCACAUCAGCAGCAACUCACAGUGGUACUACUCAUAAACCCGAGACAACCACUGCUACUGUCGCCAGUUCAGGCAACGAAGAAUCCGACCCAGUCAAAACAACUAUCGCCUCUAACGUCUACAUACACGCCAACGCGAACAUUCAUGCUGGGGCGACCAUUCAAGAAGCCGCCGUUGUCGAGCCCCAUGUGACUGUCCUCUCAGGGGUCACUGUUGGGGCCCAUUCGAAAAUAUGUGCCGGCGUCACUGUGGAUCGCGACGUGGAGGAAUGGACUGUGGUGUAUGGCGAUGGCUCUAUUCAACGGCGGCGACGGAAGGUCACGCAAAAUCAACAGCAGCAGCAACAGGAAGGCGAGGCGGUCGACACAGAUGUCGUGGAAACGAUGAGGCUCAAAGCUAUGGAUAAGGAGAGGGAGGGAACAGUGGCGAUCCUGAGGAUGGCGGCCAGAGCGGCAACUCUGGCCAAGAAGAAAUGA